GUGUGUGUGUGUGUCUGUGUCAGUCAGUUAGUAAACACAGUGCACUACGGAGGCUCCAGCGGACAUUUCAUCACGGAAUAUCUGUGGGAUCUACCCGAGCUGCACCGCCGGGACAGCACCCACAGCCCGCUGGUCCUGGAGCGCAGCCCCGGAAGUGUGGGAUUUACUCUGCACACCGCUGAGGAAAGUCUGGGCAGGAGCUGAUGGCUGGCUGACACAGGGCACAUUUUACAGCGCGGGGUCGAAUGUCCGGGCCUGGUCUCGGUCUCGGUCUCGGGCAGAGGGACAUUUGCACUGUUUGUGCCUGAGUGAUGGGUUGUGGUUGUCCCGGUUAGCCUGCUGGCUAAAGGAAAGUUGUUUAUGAGAAGUUAGUUAGCAUCUGGCUAAUAGCCCGAGAGGCUGAGUUGCGGAUUUGGGAGAUUGUGUGAGUGUUUCUGGGAUUUUAGUUUUUCUUCGAUUCGGUGUUUUUGUAUCCCACAGACGGAUAAAGAAGCGGCUUUGUGAAUAAUUCGGGUUCAUCUGCGUGUUUUGUUAUUGGACUAAAUCUGGGGGAGGAGAAGGUGCAGGAGGGAGCGAAUACUUUUCCUCCCUCACUUUCUACACACGACUCAUCCUCUGUACUGCAUGAGGUCUGGAGGUAAAGGAAGGCUUGAGACAGCAGUCUGGAAACUCUGCAGGAGUGUAAGGCAAACCUGAUGAAGCUGCAGAUCAUGAUCAUCUUUUCAUCCUGAGAAGAAUUGUGUGCAUUCUGAAUGACAGAAACAUCAACAAACCCAUCACGCUGAUCUUCUCCUAAUAUUUGGUCCUCAACCUCUACGAGCUGAGGGAAAGAGCUGGCUGGGUAAACAAGUUCCCACUCCAGAGCUGGGAUUUGGAUCUUCCUCAUCUUUAUCAGUAUAUGAUUGAGGAAGAGAAAUAGAGGAUGAUGGAGGGAGGAAACGUACAGAAGAUGAGUCCUUUACCCCGUGAGCUCACUCGUGUCUUCAGCAGCUACAACAAAAGCUCAGUGCUGCUGAAGAAGAACCUGAAAGAGACAAACAGCUUCUUCAGAGAAAUGCGGCAGCACUAUAGCAAAGUGUGUACUGCUGGAGACCUCGAGCAAGGUCAGCUCGGCUGUGUUUCCAUCCCGCGUCCCGAUGAGGAGUUUCUCCACGGUGUGGUUGGUAGCGCCCCCUACAUCCUGGUUCUUGGACAAGACUGCCCUGCCCGGUACCAGCUCCUCAAUUGCCUCCUGGGAGAAAAGCUCCUCCCGCUUGGCUCUGAAGUGGGCGGGACAUGUGGGCCAGGUGGCAUAGCUUGUAAAAGGAGGAAGUUGUGUUUCACUCAUGGGCGACAGACACGGCUCAGUCUGGCUCUCCCGGGGCAGUAUGAGCUGGUACACCAGUUAGCGGCUAACUGUAGCCGCUGGGACACUGUCCCACUGCAGGACCUGGAGAUCCAGGAUGAGUGUGAGGAUCCAGCACACCGAUUGGCUGAACUGGAGAUCACGCUACAUCACUCACUGCUGCAGGAAACUCGGAUCAUGGUGGUGCCAUGUUCAGGAGUGCAGCCCAUUAGGGAGGCUCUGGAGGACUGUAUUCAAAACACAAUUCCCAUAAUCCUCUAUGCACUGAGUCAGGACUCCGUUAGUACGGACCAGGCGGCUGAGCUCCUGAAGGUCCGUGACCUGCUUCCAUUUCCCAUUUGCUAUGUCCGUUGCCCCGGUAUUCCUGGAAUUCCUGCUUCUCGGGUUGAAUCGUGCAGCCUCCAAAAGCAGCUUUUCUCCCUGGGUCUCCUCCCAGAAGGGCCGGGAAACUGUUCUUGUGGUGCUCCGUCCCAAACACUGCACGGCUCCGGGAAGCCUCACAGCGUCUUCGGGGAGAGUUUGGAUCGCCUCCAUAGACUCCUGGUCCACUUCAGCCGGCAGGUGUUCACCAGUCGGUUGGUGGAGGCGGCAGCCAAACUCAACGCUCUCCACUGUAGCUGCCUCGACCUCUUCAUCAACCAGGCGUUCGACAUGCAGAGGGAUCUUCAGAUCACGCCACGGAGACUGGAGUACACACGGGAGAAGGAGGCGGAGCUCUUCACCUCCCUCAUGGCCAUCGCCAACCGCAAGCAGGAGGAGAUGAAGGAGAUGAUUGUGGAGACACUGAGCACCAUGAAGGAGCAGCUGCUGGACGAUGCUGCCAACCUUGAGUUCACAGACAUCAUUGUGAGUUCUAAUGGAGACGCAGUGAGCAGUAAGGACAUUAAGUCGUGUAUUCAGCAGAUCCAGGAGCUGAUCGUUGUGCGUUUGAAUCAGGCUGUCGCUAAUAAACUCACCAGCUCUGUGGACUAUUUACGUGAGAGUUUUGUGGGAACCCUGGAGCGCUGUCUGAGCAGCCUUGAGAAAUCCAACAUGGACGCCCAUAACAUCACCUCCAACCACCUUAAACAGAUUCUGAAUGCUGCCUAUCAUGUAGAGGUGACAUUUCACUCUGGAUCGUCUGUUACACGCCUCUUCUGGGAGCAGAUCAAACGGAUAAUCCAGAGGUUGUCGUGGGUGAACCCUCCCUCCAUCACACCCGAGUGGAAGAGGAAAGUAGCUCAGGACGCCAUUGAAAGCCUGAGUGCCGCCAAACUCGCCAAGAGCAUUUGUUCCCAGUUUCGCACUCGACUCAACAGCUCUCACGAUGCCUUUGCUGCCUCACUCAGACAGUUGGAGGAGGGUCAUACAGAUCGUCUGGGUCGUACAGAGGAUUUGUGGGUGCGUGUGAGGAAAGAGCAUGCCCCCCGCCUUGCACGCCUCUCACUUGAGAGUCGCUCACUCAUAGAUACACUACUAUAUGGAAAGCCGAAGCUGGGGCGGGAGUUGGGCAGAGGGCAGUAUGGAGUGGUGUAUUUGUGUGACAGUUGGGGGGGACACAACCCCUGUGCCCUGAAGUCAGUGGUACCUCCAGAUGACAAACACUGGAAUGACCUUGCACUCGAGUUCCACUACACCCGGUCUUUAUCUAAACAUGAGCGGAUGGUGGAUCUUCAUGGUUCAGUGAUUGAUCACACGUAUGGUGGAGGCUCGAGCAUCGCAGUGCUGCUCAUCAUGGAGAGGCUGCACCGAGACCUGUACACGGGCCUCAAGGCUGGUCUCUCUCUGAAGGAGCGUCUGCAGAUUGCCCUGGAUGUGGUGGAGGGUAUUCGCUUCUUGCACAGUCAGGGGCUUGUACACAGAGACAUUAAACUGAAAAAUGUGCUGCUGGACAAACAGAAUCGGGCCAAAAUCACAGAUCUUGGAUUCUGCAAACCUGAAGCCAUGAUGUCGGGCAGCAUCGUAGGAACACCUAUACACAUGGCUCCAGAGCUCUUCACAGGAAAGUAUGAUCACUCAGUGGACGUGUACGCGUUCGGGAUCUUGUUCUGGUAUCUGUGCAGUGGAUCUGUUAAACUACCUGAAGCUUUUGAGAAGUGUUCCAGUAAAGACCAGCUGUGGACCAAUGUCAAGAAAGGUUCUCGCCCUGAACGUUUGGCCAGUUUUGAUGAAGAGUGCUGGCAGCUGAUGGAGGCCUGCUGGAACGGAGAUCCGUCUCAGAGACCGCUGCUGGGAAUCGUGCAGCCGAGCCUGCAGAGCAUCAUGGGACGUCUAUGUGAUGGUGCUGACCAGAGAAACGCCAGCCUCGAAGACUCCACUUAACACACACACACACACACACACACACACACUGCAAAGCAUUCUGAUACACUCCAACAUACACACAAUUCAAAACAUUUCCACAUUAAAUACACACACGAUCAACUGACGAUGAUGUCUGCACAGGAAACACACACACACACACACAAGGAAGCCAACACACUAUUUAUGACCCAAUGACCUGAGCAAUACAAGUUGAAAACAUUAUUUUCUUUGUGUUUAAUGUAUAUUUAUAUAAAAUGAAAUAUUGCAAACAUACACACACACUGUGUUCUUUUGGUCCUGCAUGCUAAGUGCUGCUCUGUCGUAGGAUUGUUACUCCACCUGAGGAUUUUUAAGAGUAGUGUGAUCUUGCCAUGUUCUAAAACAAGGAAACAAAAAAGACUAUAAUUUUAGCUGGUGUUUAAACUCGCUAUCUGAACACAACUUUUUUAAUAAAAAGGUUUUGUCAAACUA